AUAAGUCGGGAGUGGGAAAGAUGAGAGCUGCUCAGAAUCAGGGGCUACCAACUCCCAACUGACAGCCCAAAUGUUUCAGAACCAUGGAUAGUUCUGAGGUUUCCAUCACUCUAGUGUUUCCAGAGGAUGUUUAGGUAGAGUUGGGAUAAGGGUGAGUUUCCCCUACUAGCUCCAGGCUGCUCCAAUGGGGCGGGGGCCGCCUGCAGGGCCGGGCGGGGCUGUGCUGCCAUCUGGAGCCGCUGCUGCUGGUGGCCACUGUCAGGGCGCGAGCAGCGGAGCGCACACAAGGCUGGAGAGAGCGCCGCUGCCUCCGCACAUGGGCCACUGCCCCUAGCUUCGGCACCCGGGGUCUCGCAGCCCCUACACGGCUUUGGCCAUUGGACCAGCCAUGUCUCUCGGCGGAGCUUCAGAGCGUAGCGUCCCGGCCACCAAGAUUGAAAUUACUGUGUCGUGCCGGAAUCUGCUAGACCUGGAUACAUUCUCCAAGUCGGACCCCAUGGUGGUGCUUCACACGCAGAGCCGGGCCAGCCAGGAGUGGCGGGAGUUCGGACGAACCGAGGUGAUUGACAACACACUGAACCCAGACUUCGUGCGCAAAUUCGUUCUCGACUAUUUCUUUGAGGAAAAGCAAAAUCUCCGCUUCGAUGUGUACAACGUCGACUCUAAAGCCAAUAUCUCCAAACCGGUAAGCCAGCGAGCCGCUGGCAGGUUGCUUGGGCACAUAGAGGCUAACCUGUCAAAGGACUUCCCUGAACACCUCCUCCCCAAUGUACCCGCUCUCCCGCGCGCGCACCCACCAGCCUUUCUUAGAUCCUGGUCCCUCUGGUCUACCAGCCCCCACCCCAGUUCCUCCCCCUGCUCUGGCUUUAUUCACUGCCUUUCUUCCUUCCCUGCCUACCUCGCGGGACCUGCAGAAGGUGAGGAUGCUGUGGAUUGCACCGUAAAGAAUUUGGUUGGGAGAUCCUCAAGAAACAGAAAACACGUGGGGCUGUCAUUUAGAUUUCGGAGUUAUCUUGGUCAAAAGCAGCAGCGUCACCAGGGUAGGCUUGGUACUCUGGGCCGCUCCCCGACUCGCUGGCUCCCUGUUUUGGCACAGGAUUUCCUGGGACAAGCAUUCCUGGCCCUGGGAGAGGUGAUUGGAGGCCAGGGCAGCCGUGUGGAGCGACCUCUUACGGGUGUGCCAGGCAAGAAGUGUGGAACCAUACUGCUGACUGCCGAGGAGCUCAGCAACUGCCGGGACAUUGCCACCAUGCAGCUGUGUGCAAACAAGCUGGACAAAAAGGACUUCUUUGGGAAGUCAGACCCUUUCCUUGUGUUCUACAGGAGCAAUGAAGACGGCACGUUCACCAUCUGCCACAAGACAGAGGUUGUAAAAAACACACUGAACCCAGUAUGGCAGCCCUUCAGCAUCCCUGUGCGGGCGCUGUGCAAUGGAGACUAUGACAGAACAGUGAAGAUCGACGUAUAUGACUGGGACCGAGAUGGAAGCCAUGACUUCAUCGGUGAGUUCACAACCAGCUACCGGGAGCUGAGCAAGGCCCAGAAUCAGUUCACAGUGUAUGAGGUACUUAACCCUCGGAAGAAAUGCAAGAAGAAGAAAUAUACCAACUCGGGGACCGUGACGCUCCUUUCCUUCUCUGUGGACUCAGAAUUCACUUUUGUGGAUUACAUCAAGGGAGGGACGCAGCUGAACUUCACGGUAGCUAUUGACUUCACGGCUUCCAACGGGAACCCCCUGCAGCCUACCUCGCUGCACUACAUGAGUCCCUACCAGCUCAGUGCCUAUGCCAUGGCCCUCAAGGCAGUGGGAGAGAUCAUCCAGGACUAUGACAGUGACAAGCUCUUCCCAGCCUAUGGUUUUGGGGCCAAGCUGCCCCCAGAGGGGCGGAUCUCCCACCAGUUCCCCCUGAACAAUAAUGAUGAAGACCCCAACUGUGCAGGCAUUGAGGGUGUGCUGGAGAGUUACUUCCAAAGUCUGCGCACGGUGCAGCUCUAUGGGCCCACUUACUUUGCGCCUGUCAUCAACCAGGUGGCCAGGGAUCUCAUAUCGGCCAGGUCGGCCUGGAACUUGUUAUGUUGGCAAGACCUGUCCUUGAAUUCCUGAUUCUCCUGCCUCCACUUCCUAAGUGCUGAUAUUACAUGGGUAUGACACUACCAUGCCAGUUAGCUUAGCUGCUGGGAAGAGACACCCUGACCAAGGAAACUCUUAUAAAAGAAAGCAUUUAGCCAGGCAGGGGAGGCGAAUGCCUUUAAUCCUAGCACUCAGAGAGGCAGCAGCAGGAGGAUCUCUGAGAGUUCAAAGCCACAAGGCCAGCCUGGUCUACAGAGCUAGUCCAAGGCUACAUAAAGAAACCCCAUCUCAAAAAAAAAAAAAAAAAAAAAAAAAAAAAAAGAGGAAGCGUUUGCUUACAGUUUCAGGGGUUAGCCCAUUAGCAGCAUGAUGGGGACAUGGCGUACACAACAGGAAAUGGUGUGGAGGAGCUGAGAAUUCUACAUCCUGAUCCAUAGACAGAGACAGAAGGGAGAAGAGGGGGCUUUUGAACCCUUAAAGCCCACCCUCAAUGACAUACUUCUUCCAAUAAGGCCACACCUCCAAAUCCUUCUCAAAUAGUGCCACUCCCUGAUAAUUUAGAAUUCAAAUAUAUGAGCCCAUGGGUGCCAUUCUUAUUCAAACCACCACAGACUCGUCUUUGUUAUUAUUGUUGUUGUUUUUAUGGUUUUUGUUUUUUAGACAGGGUCUCUCUACUUGGUCCUGGCUGUCCUGGAAUUUACUAGACAAACCAGGCUGACCUUAAACUCAGAGAUCUACCUGCCAGUGCUGGGAUUAAAGGCAUGUGCUACCACAGCCCGCUUUAGCUUAGCCUCUUUUUUUUUUUUUUUUUUUUUGGUUCUUUUUUUCGGAGCUGGGGACCGAACCCAGGGCCUUGCGUUUCCCAGGCAAGCGCUCUACCACUGAGCUAAAUCCCCAACCCCUAGCUUAGCCUCUUUAAUAGAACCUGUGAAAUGGUUAGAUACUGGACAUCAACAGAAGCUUCUAUUCUUUCAUUUGUUUUUUGUUUGUUUGUUUGUUUGUUUGUUUUUGUUUUUGUUUUUCAACACAGGGUUUCUCUGUGUAACUCCGGCUGUCUUAAUUGUAGACCAGACUAGCCUCCAACUUACAGAGAUCUGCCUUUUUCUGCCUCCUGCAUUGUUGUUGUAAAAAUAUAAAAAUAAAAAGGAGUAUUGGUGUCUUUUACCCUGCUUGGUCUGCACCUUGGGGCCCCAAGAUAUCUGCUAGAUAUCUUGGCAGAAACACAGCCCAGCCGCACACUUUCCUACACUCAAACCCUCACAUAAAAGAACACACAACACAGUAAUCUUAGAUCCAAUUGGUAAGAUAUAAUUGCCCACUUAAACAUACAAAGCCCAGUACCAUCCAUCCCUUGAGAACAUUAAUAACCUGUAAAUACACAGAGUAGAAUCUUAACAUCACCUGCCAUGGCUUCUCACCCUCUCCUCCCCUGUCUCUCCUUUCUGUCCUAGUCUCUUCCUCUUCCUUCAACCUUCUCUCCCGCCCAUCCUUCCUUCUCCUCCAAUGACAGGUCUCCAUCUAUCCUGUACCUGCCUCACCUGUGACAUCAUCCUACACUGCAUGCUGGGAUUAAGGAGCUGGCCACCACGGCCAGCCUCCCUUCUUUUUGCCUGUUUUUGAAACCAGAUCUCACUAUGUAGCCAAGGCUGACUUAGUCCCUUAUACAGCUAGGCGAUCUGCCUACCACAGCCUUCCAAGUGCUGCCAUGACAGGCAUGCAACGCCAUACCAUGUAACGUUAGCUUACAUUUGGAGUUAUGGUGAGGUUAGGUUAAAAAAAUAGAUACUGAUCCAAGAGGUAACAGUAUAGUAUCUAGUCCAUAGAAGGUACACAGAGGUGAUAAAUUUAAAUGUUGUAGUAAAUAAUAUAAAUGAAAGAAAGAAGCCCAACCCACGCUAUUGCCAGCACCAUAGGGCCUCAAGGCAUCUGCGGGGUAUUUUCAUCUCAGUUAGCUGGACUCAGCAGACUCUCUGGUCCAGAGCUCUCUAACCAUCUCCAACCAUCUCCACCUGACUCACUGAGUUCCCAAUUUCCAUCCCACGCUGCCAAUGGCUACUCUCUGGGCCCUGUGGCAAUCUCACCUUCUAGUUCCCAUGGUGCAGGUCACGACCAAGACAGCCCCAUUCAGCCAUUCACCCCCUGUGGUUAUAGUCACAGUAACCCCUAAUAAUCAAAACUCUAUAGGCUUGUAAUUUAUCAAUCAGAUUUAUAUCAGUAACUCACCCCACAAACGUCCAUACAAUAAACUCAGAGCCAACAGAUAUUGAUAUAAACUUCCCACCUAGAUAAGACAGAUUGUCUUGUAAAAAUCCAUCCCUUAUGAAAUAUUCAUAGCUACCUGUGGCCGAUCUUGGUGGUCCUUCUGUGCCUCCACCUUGGCUCUUCCUCUAUCUUCUCAUCUCUCCUGCCUUACAAAAACUCUGCCCAAUCCCCUUUCUUUUUCACUGUCCAAUCAUAGGCCUUGCCUUGUCUUGGGCCUGCCUUCACCUGCAUAUAGACAUCAAUCCACAUUUAAAAUUAUUUAAAACUUUAGAAUAAAUAUAAGCAGAGAAAGGUCAGAUUAUAUAUCAACUAAUAAGAAAGCAAAGGGUAUUUAAAUAAAAAUAAAACUACAGGAUAGCAUAAGCAUGUAACGAAGGAAUGAGAUAAGAACUGACACUUAAGGAAGAAAAGGAGUAGGCUAGGAGACAAUGCAAGUCUAAAGUACUUGCUGCCCAAACAAGAGGACCCGAGUUCAUAUCCCCAGGACCCACAUAAAAAUUUGGGCAUAGCAGUGUACACCUGGAACCCUACAUCUGGGGAGGUGGAAGAAAGUAAUUUCCUGGGGCUUGCUGGCCAGUCUAGUCCAAUCAGUCUGCUCCAGGCUUAGAGAAAGACCCUGUUUCAAAGAAUAAGGUGAAGAAUGAUUGGGUAAGACACCUGAUAUCAACUUCUGACCUCUGAAUGCACAUAUCCAAAUGCAUAUGCACCUGCACACACACACACACACACACACACACACACACACACACACACACACACACACACACACGGUGGUGGGGGAAGAAAGAAGGAAGUUUCUCUGAUUGAAUUUAAAAAAGUAAAAGCAGACAGAUAAUACUUACAAUUCCUAUAGUUAUAGCUGAGGCAGAAUAAUCUCAAAUUCAAGGCCAACCUGAGCUACAUAUUGACAUCCUGUCUGAAAAACAAAACAAAUAAAUCAUUACCUGCUAAAUAAAAGAGGCCUACCUAAACAAAAGGUCUCGAAAAGCCUGGGAGUGAAAGAAUGGAGGAAAAGACAACGGAUGAGGGUUGAGGUUGCCCAUCUGCAGAAAGCCCUGGGUUCAGUUCUCAGCACCCCAUGGUGACACAUGUCUGUAAUCCUAGCCCUUGGGAAGUAGAGUCUGGAGGAUCAGAAGCUCAGGUUCAUCCUAAGCUACAGAAUGAGUUUAAGGACAGCCUGGGAUACAGGAGACCCCAUCUAAAAACAAACAAAACAAACAAAAACCCAAACCAAAACAAAUAAAUACAAUGAAAAUACAUGUUAAAGGCUUCCUGAGAGAUUUUUAGGUCCAUAGACUUUCCAUUACCUAUUGAAGAAUGGUUUACUCUCUGAUGCAUACUGAGGAUAAUGGUUACUUUAAUUAUAAAACCAACAUUGCUGUAGAAAAUGUUAAGAAUGAGGAAAUGAAAGCUUUAAAUAAGAGCCAGACACAGAGGUCCACGUCUUUAAUUCCAGCACUCGGGAGGCAGAGGCAGGAAGAUCUCUGAGUUUGAAGUCAGCCUGGUCCACAUAGUGAAUUCCAGAACAGCUAGGAUAGCAUAGUGAGACCAUCUCUCAAAACAAACAAAAAAAAAAAAAAAGGAAAAAGAAAAGCUGGAACAUGUGGCAUCACAACUUUUGUCAUUCUAAUCCUAGAAUCCUGGUUAUUGUUAUUAAGCAGUCUUCUUAGACAUCCUGAGCAACUACACUGAUUUAUUUACUCAUUUAUUUAAUAAACAUUCAGUUUAAGACAAUUCUAUCAGAAGUGUAGAUUCUGGAGUAGAGUAAAUUAGCAGUACAUCAGUGCCAUAUCCUACCCCUACCCACCACCCCCAACGCCGUCUCAUGUAUUCCAGGUCGGCAUUGUAGCCGAGGAUAAUGUAGACCUUCCCAUCCCCCUGCCUUUGCUUCCCUACCUUCCCAGUGUUGGGAUUACAGGUGUGCAUCACUCUACUCAAUGUCUGUGGUGCUGGGGAUCAAACCCCCAGUCUAUGUGUGCUAGGCAAGCUACCUAUUGAGCUAUUAGACCCUGUACAUUGGUCAGACAUUGUCACAGGCUGGCUUUGUGGCUUUGGUCAAUUCUCUUAAGAACUCUGUCAAAUGAGAUUGAGAAUGCCAGGAAUAUUUACACUACAGGGCUGUUACAAGGACCCGUUAGCAUAUGUCAAGCACUCACAAGAGUGCUUGCCCCUGGUAAGUGCUGUAACAGUAGUUAUUACUGUUCCUAUUAUUAUCAUUAUCACUAUUCAAAGGGCAGCUGCUGUGUGCUCAGUUCUCUGCUGGGGCACUGGGGACUCACAGAUGAAUCAAAUUUAGUCCUUGCCCUCCGGAGCUCCUGCCUUGGUGCAGGAGACAGAAAUAUAAAUAAAUCAUCACUUCUGUAGGCCAAAGCUCCCCAGAAAUUUCUAGCAAGUUGCCUGGUGGCAAAAGUAAGACACUGCAUUCCCUGGGGAUGGGGGUUAGGGGGAGAUGGAGGACACGGCUGAAAGCAGUCAGACUGAGAGGGACUUUGAAGUCUAGUGUUUCAUCUCACAAACACAUGCAAACUUUCUAGUCUUUGCCCAUCCUGUCUGUGUCUGCUCUAAUUAUGUUAAGAAGGAGCAUUGUGUGUACUGGAUCCCCUGGCUUCAUCCACACAUAGGACAAUUCAUCCUUGGAACCCUCGGGGUAUGAGGAUCUCAGUGAAUGGGGCUGCAUACUGAAUGGUAGGGCACAGGCUACAGUAGAGGGGCUGUUAAGCUUGGUCUACAUGGUGAGUUGGCCUUCAUUAGGAGAGGGCUAGUAAGCCUGGCAGUGCUGAUUGCACAUUAAAAGCACAGAGGCAUGAGUGACAGGUUUGAGAGAUGCUGGCUGGCUAGACCUAGCAGGAACAGGUGCGGCACAUGGAGGACUGUGCAGGAGCAGGCCAGGGCGGACACUGAUGGACCUCAGUUUCUUUGCCCUUGGGGACUGCUGCCUAGUGUUUGUGAACUUCAGUUUCCUCACUUUAAAAAUAGGAUAAGCUGGGUUAGGUGCUGUACAUCCCAGCAACCAAGAGGCCAAGGCAACUACACUGUCACCAUGCUUUCUCAGCCUUCAGAGACCAAGUUUAGCUGCCAGCACUGUCUAACAAAAUGUCCUGCAAUGAGAGAAGUGUCCGCCUCUAUGCUCUCUAGUAUGGUGUUCACCAUCACAUAUGGGGAGAGAACCCUUAAAAGGUAAUUAGAGUGACUAGCGAAUGGAAUGUUUUAAUCACUUAAUCUUAGUUGAUUUAAAUCUCUAUAUCCAUUCGCAUGUGGCUAAGGACAAUGUAUUGGACAACACAGAUCAAUCAUUGCCAGUCCACUCAGGAUGUGUAACUGAAGUUGGCAGAUGGGGGAGACCUAGGGAUGUCUGAAGUCCUUUUCUGAGAGAAAACUCCUGCAUUUAGAGAUGGAUGAAGAGAGGAGACGGACUUGGUAGAUCAUUGCUGUGAUCCCACACGGGAGGUGGGAGCAGGCAGGAGGAUUAGUCACUGUCUACUUCUGUUAUGAGAGACCUUAUUUAAAAUUAUAUAUAGAGGGGUUGGGGAUUUAGCUCAGUGGUAGAGUGCUUGCCUAGCAAGCCCAAGGCCCUGGGUUCGGUCCCCAGCUCCGGAAAAAAAAAAAAGAAAAGAAAAAAAAACUAUAUAUAGAAUGGAGAGAUGGCACCUAAGGGCAGCAAGCAGGUCUGCCAAAGACUGUGGGAUACAGGAGCCCAAGGUCUUGCCCACUGCUUGCUUAUAUGGUGGCUGUAGAAGCAGGGGCUGAACUGACCAUGUACUUUCUGGCUGGCCAC